GCCGUGAAGAAGGGGCGGGGCGCGGCGGCUGGGAGCCCGCAGCUUCGCUCCGCCGCCAGCCCGGCCAUGGCGUACGGUGGCCUGACUGUGCCUAUCAUCGUCAUGAGCGUUUUCUGGGGGGUGGUCGGCGGCGUCCUGCCGUGGCUCAUACCCAAGGGGCCGAACCGCGGUGUUAUCAACACAAUGCUGGUGACAUGUGCUGUUUGCUGCUACCUGUUUUGGCUGAUUGCGAUUCUGGCUCAACUCAACCCUCUCUUUGGGCCGCAGUUAAGCAAUGAAACAAUCUGGUACCUUAAAUCUCACUGGCCUUAAGGAUGUCUGUCCUCUGCUGCAAUUUAUUGACUAGGUAAAGAAGAGAUCUCCCCCAGGAGAAAAACUCCACUGACCCAAAGAUGCCCUUAACAUAGUUGGUUGGAUACCAAGCCUGCAUUAAUGCCUUAAACUUUCUGUUGCUCUUCAAAUGGCUUGUUCAAAGCCCUGUAUUUUUUCUUCCUACUAUACCGUUUAACAGUGUGCCUAAUGCAAUUUAUACUCAUCUUUGGUACUGUAAAUUUUUGUCUGUUAACUUCAGGUGUGAUGAAAAUUUAUGAAGUUUUUGUUUCAUACUGUGAA